CCUGGGCCGCGGUGCUGUUUACGCUGCUGGCGGGUGGUGGCGAACGCCGCUCCCAUCCAUGCCCCUGGAGAGAUGGAGAUGAACGGUUUCUCCCAUCCGCGCUCGGUGCCUGGCGCUUUAUGUAGGAGGGCUGCCUUUUCCAGCUGUCAGCACCGGGCCGGCGCUCCUGCCCUGAAGCAAAGCCCGUCGCGGGCCCUUUACGGUGAUUAGGUUGCGUUCCGGGUACCGUUUGUAGGGAGCGGAAAGCUGCCCGUUGGAUCCCGUAGGGUCCAUGAGGGGCAAGCAGGGAGGCCGCGUUGGUAAACAGCCCACGAGCUGUCAGCGCUGGGGCCUGUAGGAUGCGGUGAGAGCGCCUGACAAAGGGUGUUGGCUCCGUUUGCCGGGCUUGGAUCCAGAAGAGGCACCCCUUCCCAGCCCUUCCCACCACCUGGCCCCUCGGGACAGAAGAGAGCCGGGAGUUCGGGUUCAUCUCUUCUGAAGCACCUUCACCCAGCAGCUGAGAUUCACCGGCUCCGCUGUGGCCUUGUGGUUUCCCCAGCCCUAGCACAAUGCUUGGAGCAGAGCAGGCACUCGGGGGUGGAAGGAAGCCAGAAGAAAAACAAAAAAUCAGUGUAGCCAGAAGUUGAGGAAACAAACUUUUCUUUAACCUGUUGGGCCAGUUAUUCUUACAGGGAGGCAGCUGGCCUCAGGCUGUGUGUUAAGGCAAAUGAGAUCUGCCUUGUUACUAACCCUGGGUAAGUUCCUUUAAGUUCCCUGCCUCAGUUUCUUCAUCUGUAAAACGGGAAUAAUAAGAGUACCUGCACUCCGAGUUGUGAGGAUUAAAAUAUUGAUAGAAAGUGCCUAACGGAGUUUCUGGCCCAAAGAAAAAGUUCAGUACCUGUUACUGGUUAAGGUAAAAAUAAACAGGUACAGGUCAUCAGCAAUGGUGUCUGUAUGGUCCCUCUCUCUUGAGGGUGUCCCAGCCUUUUGGCUUUAUCUGAUCCUUUGUUAAAACCCGUUGGGCCUUUCCUGAUCCCCCCACCCAACACAGUACAGAUAUGCCAUAGGCAGCUGUCUGCUUAUGCAGCCAGAAUCUCAUCACCCAGUGGAGCUUGAUUAGGUGCCAGGUAAGGAUUUCUCCGAGUGCACUUGAUUAGUGUGGUCGGCCACUCAAGAUGGUGGUGUAAGAGCAAAGGAGUGAAAUGGAUGGGGCCUGAUGUGGCUGACCGAAAACCCUCAGGCAGCAGCACGCAGAGCCUGUGGGGGUGGGCUUUGGGUGGCUUCUGUUCUUGCUAAGGUUGCACAGAAACAUUGUGAAAAGUGGAAGACAUCUUCCAGAUGGAUUUAGACCCGUUUGCGGGUCCCGGAGGUGUCGGGUGCAGCGAGAGGCAUUACCUCACUUCCAGGUUUUCCUGUACCAGGUUUUCCUUUGUGGAUGCAGGAAACGGGCUGCACUGGACGUUUCCUUUCAGCUGUAAGCCCCCUUUGGCAUGCCAGUUUCUCUUAAAUAGUUGGAGUCUACAAUUUUCACUCCUCACUUGGAACUGUCACAGGGGAAAUCCAGGUAUCCCGUUUGUGAUUCUGUUUUUAGGUUAGCCACAGUGAGUCUUGAAUUCUUUCUAGGGAAUACAUUGAUUCUGAGAACUCUGUUCCAGCUGUGACAGUCCAUAAUUAGCCAUUAAAAACCUACCACAAGGUAUGAGCUUUUUCCCUGUCCCGUUGUGGAGGCCUCGAGCAUAAGGGCCAUAAAUUUCCUUCUCAGUGACAGGUGCUAGGUAAACAGUGGUACAGCCAUUACCGUUGUUCCUUUGGGGCUGCUGGAAGCUUUGUUUUUUAAGAUUUUUGUCAUUUGUGUAAAAGGCAAAGAGGAAUUUUCCAUAUGCCCGCAGUAACCAGGGCUGGGUCAGGCCGAAGCCAAGAGCCAGGAACUCCAUCUGGGUUUCCCACAAGGAUGGCAGGAACCCAUGUCCUUGGGCCAUCAUCUGCUGCCUCCCAGGCACAUUAGCAGGGAGCCGGAUCAGAAGCUCAGAGUAACCUGGCACUCUGAUUUGGGAUACAGAUAUUCCAGGUGGUGGCAUUACCCUCUGCGUCACAAUGCAGAGCCUGGCCGAGUGCUUUUAAAACGUGUGUGCUUACCAGGUCGUCUGAAGAUAGAGCUGAAACGGGGAUUCUGAUGCCAAGGCUCCAGGGUGGGGCCGAGGAAUCUGCACUCCCAGCACGGGUGGUGGUGCUGUGCAUGUGCUGCUCUUGGACCACACUUUGAGUAGCAAAGGACCAAAUGGAGCAUCUGCACCUGCUUUUAGGAGGUCUGAGAAACAGGGCUCAUUUUCUUGUGGUAGUAAACUUGGGAACUAGGAGCUUUUUUCAUAUUUAUUAUUUUAUCCUCAGCGUAAAAAUUUCUUGGCAUUGUUCCAAAAAUGAUGUGCGGACUGUAAGGUGCUUCUGAUGUAAUAAUAAGGUUGUUAAUAAAAGAAAUCGAGUGGGCUGGCGUUGUAACGCAGUGGGUUAAACCACUGUCUGUGAUGCUGGCAUUCUUUAUGAGCAGAAGUUCGAGAUUCAGCGACUCCAUUUGUGACCCAGCUCCCUGCUAAUGCACCUGGGAAAGCAGUGGAAGAUGGCCCAAGUGUUUGGGCCCCUGCCACGCAUAUAGGGUACCUGCAUAUAGUUCCUGGCUCCUGGCAUUGGGGUGGCCCAGCCAUCUGGGGAGUGAACCAGUGGCUGGAAGAUCUUUCUUUCUCUAUCUCUGUCUCUUUCUCUGUAGCCUUUCAAAUAAAUAAAUAAGUCUUUAAAAAGACCCUCACCUUUUGUGCUAAUCUUUCACUUGACUUCCUGUAACUUUUCUUUCACUGUAUCUGCCUCAAUUUCUUUUCUUUCUUUUUUUUUUUUUUUUUUUUUUGGAAAAAAGAUUUAUUUAUUUAUUUUAAAGGCAAGGUUACAGAGCACUCUUCCAUUGGAUAGUUCACUCCCCAAAUGAGCCAAAUUGGCUUAGGCUUGGCCAGGCUGGAACAAGGAGCCAUGAACUCCAUCUGGUCUCCCAUGAGGGUGGCAGGGGCCCAAGCACUUGGGCCAUCAUCUGCUGCUGCUUUCCCAGGCACAUUAGCAGGGAGCUGGAUUGGAAGCAGAGCAGCUGGGCCUUGAACCAGCACUCCUAUAUGGGAUACUGGCAAGCAGCAGCUUAACCUGCUGCGCCACAGUACCAGCCCCAGCGAGUGCCUUCUGUCCUAGUCAUUUUAUUCAGUGAGACUCCAUAUUUGGCCCUGAGCUUUCUAGCAGCCAAAGCAAAGAAGACGUUUUCAUCAUUUUUGCCAUGAAGAACAAACUAGCUGCUCAGCUGGAACACCUGUUUUUGUGAAUGGGACCUGAGAAUUCUCCCUCGAGUUCCCCAGAGAGGAUGCUGCAGUAUGGGAGCUGAAGACUCAGGAAAAACAGCCCGGGGGUCAGCUCAAUGGCCCUGGGUGAAGAAAAGGCGGAGGCAGAAGCAGCUGCAGAAGGGGCCCAGCCCUACAGGAGAUGGAGCCGUGGAGUGGACCCUUCAGGGCCCGUGCGUGGCGAGCAGUCCCUGCGCCUAGAAGCCGAGGGAGGGCCCGCCUCUCCUGUUUGGGGGGCAGAUGGGCUUCCUGCCCCUGCCUGCUGCGCUGGGACUGACCCCGGCAGCCCUUCUGGAGUUUACCGCCUACCGGCCAAUAACAUCCCGGAACAGCAGGCAGUGCGCUCUGGCCCGCUUCCUCCUGCCAGCAGGGGGCCUCCUGGAGACCCUUCACACUCCGUGGGGAGCCAGAUGGAGGAACCCAAGCUUUCUGCCUGCAAGGAGCUACCUCAGUCACCUCUUCCCAGAGCUGCAGCUCUUUGCUCAGGACAUGAUGCAGAUACUGAAGACGACCCCUCCCCAGUGGGUUUGCCCCUGGGAGGGGGCCUCAGCCAGCAGCCUCACGUCUCAGGUUUCCCUCUCCCAGGGGCCACAGCUGCCCAGAUUGCCAGCUGCAGUCUGUCUGCCUCCUCCACGGGCAGCAGUCUCCAGGAUCACCGAGAGCCAGCGGAGCCUCAGAGUUGCUCCCUUGCCAAGGUCUCCUCCCUAGAGCUGGUGGUCCCACAGGCAGCCCCCUGUCUGCUGAGGCCAGGGCCUCGGCUCCAGUGGCCACCACUGCCCAGGAACUCUGGGGCUGAUGCUGCUGGCCUCAGCAGGAGGCACCUCUCCUUCCAGGCCGAGUACUGGGCCUGUGUGCUGCCAGAUUCCUUGCCUCCUUCCCCUGACCGUCACUCCCCGCUCUGGAACCCAAAUAAAGAGUAUGAAGACCUGCUGGACUACACUUACCCGCUGAGGCCUGGGCCCCAGCUUCCCCAGCACCGGAACAGCCAUGUGCCGGCUGACCCUGUCCUGCAGGACUCGGGGGUAGACCUGGAUAGCUUCUCUGUCUCCCCUGCCAGUACCCUCAAGUCACCCACUAAUGUCUCCCCGAAUGGCCCACCCCCAGAGGGCACGGCUCUGCCGUUUUCUGUGGCCAGAGAGUCCCACCUUAAGCAGUGGCCCUCUGGGGUACCCCAGAAGCAGGGCAACGUGGGAGUGGCACCUUGGAGCCAGUUGGCAUCUACACCCAGGGCUCCAGGCACCAGGGAUGCUCCUUGGGAAAGCAGAGAGUCAACUCCAAGGGGUGCAAAGGACUCGUUCCCCGUGGGCAAGCAUCUCGAAGUGGGCUCUUCCCAGCUGAGGACUUGGGACAGAGGGUGGCCUUUGCCCAGGCCAGAGAAGGAAAAAGGGGCCAGCCAGAGUGUCCGAUGGCCUGCCUGCACGGGGUCUGGAUGGAGAUUGGAAGAGGAAGUAGACAGUGACGACGAGUAUCUGGCCUUGCCCACUCGGCUGACGCAGGUUUCUAGUUUGCUUUCGUAUCUGGGCUCCAUCCCCACCUUGAUGACCUUUCCUGGUGGGGCUUCCGAAGGGCAGAGUUCCCUGGAAGUGUCGGACAGUGAUGGGCCGGUUUCUCUCCCAUCGGACUCCAGCCAAAGCCAGCUUCCCUCUGAGACUGCCCUGCAAGGCUCUGGGGGCUUUGAGAGCCAGAACUGCCGUUUUGUGCGCUCCUUUGUCUGUCCCCAGGACUCUGCAGGGGAAGGCAGUCUGGUGAGCAGCCAGGCUCCAGGGGCCUCCUUGCCCGCCGUGUUGGACCCGUGGCCUUCCUCAGCCCUAGCUGCUGAAGGGCGGCUUCCUGGGAACGAAGAACAGGGGCAGGAAUCGCUGGUACAAUGUGUGAAGACAUUUUGCUGUCAGCUGGAAGAACUGAUCCGCUGGCUGUAUAAUGUGGCUGAUGCCACAAACCCCGGGACUCCAUCCAGCCCCAGCCUCGCAGCUCUCAAGUCUUCUCUGCAGCUUUACCGGCAAUUUAAGAAAGAUAUAGACGAACACCAGUCCCUGACGGAGAGUGUUUUACGGAGGGGAGAGAUUCUUCUUCAGUGUCUGCUGGAUAAUGCCCCAGUUUUAAAGGAUGUCCUUGGGAGGAUCGCAAGGCAGUCUGGUGAGCUGGAGAGCCAGGCAGAUCGCCUGUAUGACUCUAUCUUAACUUCUGUGGACCUGCUGGCUGGCUGUGCCCUCAUCCCUGAGAACAAGCCAAUGACAGCAAAAGAGCGCCCAAGUGAAAGAGUUUAACCUGGUAAGUAGAGGAACCCAAAAAGAAAAUCUGCCAUCCAACCCAGUGCCGAUUAGGACACAGACAGUUGAUGACUUCUGGUGAGGUCAAAGCUGUUGAAACAAAUGAGAUCCAGGAAGCACUGAAAAAGGAGUGGCCACCAUUGCCAGAAGUGUGCGCAUCUUCUGUCAUGAUAGCUCCCUGUGGUGCUUCCCCGGACUGCCGCCUGCUCAGGAGGGUGCUCCAUGCUCCCGUUUCAGCAGCAGUCUCUUCACAUACCCAUGCCACCCAAAGAUACUAGAAGCACAACUUGUCUGUACUUCCUUCAGUUCUACACGGACCCUUCUCCAGCAUGAGGCUGGACCAGGCUACCACCAUUCUGCAGGGUUUUCUUGCCUAACUCAUUUCUGACAGCACUGAUAAGUCCUUCCCACCACCCUCUCAAAAAGGGCUGGAGAACAGCCGGAGUGGCAAGACAGCACAAGUAGGACAACUGGUUUGUGAUCUCUUGAGAAGCCGUAACAGGGAAUGGUAGGAAAGGAGCUACAAGGAUUGGUGUGCACUUUGCGGUUGCCACUGCUUAGUGUACUUAAUAACUGGCACUUCAUCUCCUACCACAAAAUGUGGAUUUUCUAGGUAAGAACUCACUCAGUGUAGGAAUAUCACAUGUGAGCAGGGAGUCUCUGUAUCUGCGUCAAAGCAAUCUGAGGAGUCGUCUUUGUUCAUUUGCCAACAUUCUGCCUGUAACAAACUCAUCUUUCUCUUUCAGGCAGCUUCUCAGAUGUACUGUGUCAACCAAAAGUUGGUUUAUGAAAAGAAAACUUUGAAAUGUUCUUGCAAGAGCCAUUUAAUAUCGUCACGCGGGAAACUUAACUCUAACACAUGAGCUUUAAAAUGCCUUUCUCUUCUUGAAGUAAGGGCUAUUAAGUUACUACCUUUAUUUACAAUGAAUCCUUCCCAAACUAAGGUUUUCUGUUUGGUGCUUCUCUACAAAGAGCACAUGGCUUUGCAAUUUUUGAUCAAAUAAGACAGCUAUUGUCUCCUCUGUCCAAUUUAAAACAGGCAAAGCUCUUAUACUAUUCCACUUUCAACUAAGACAGCUGGUAUUGUCAGGCAUUUUUAUGAAAAAGACUGAAAAAAGUGAAUGGCUGGCCAGAAACCUUGGGUCUUUCCAUAAAAUGAGGCUUAGGUUUGUAAAUGUGUCUUUAGAGACUUUUACUCUGCACAAGGAAGGGCAUAUAAAUGAAGAGAACCUGUACAGAUUACUUUGGAUAGUUAUAACACCUUUUGUCAUCUCCAGGGCUUAGGUCUCCAGCUUCCUGCCUGUUAUCUUCAAAUGCGUCAGGGACUUUGAGAACUACCAUUGUCCUUCAGCAUGGCUAUGGGUACUUCUGGAAGAAUUUGUUCCUCCAUUCUUACUACUCCUCCUACUCUCAGGUCAUAGAAGGGAAUGGUUAAAAUCACAUACCCUGGUUCACUACAUAAACCAAACCUGUCAGAGAAGUAAAGGGAAUUCUUUGUUGCUUAGGAGUUGACAUUUAAAUAUUCUCAUAGAAAACUACAACAGCAACAACAAUGGAUCAACCACUUAAAACAUCCAUUCCCUAACUUACUGAAGCAAAUGGCCAGUUUUUGCUAACAACCACAGACUCCACAAAAAAGUGUUUUAAAUCUUCUGGUUGGGCCAUGAAUGAAUAUUGGAAAGAAGAAAGCACAGUACACUCACACAAUAGGAACAAAAGUUCUAUGAAAUGUGAUUUUUCUGUUUUAGAAUAUCUCAGACUUUAGAGUCACUGGGGAGAAAAGCUGUUAAAUUUUAAUACUGAAAGAUUAGCCACUCAAUAGUAGCUACACAGAAAAAUAUUUCAAGUGCCUGCUGGUACUAUGGCAUGAUCAGAAUUAAACUGUCUUCUGAUCGUACCAUCUCCAUCUUAAUGUUGGUCCCAUACAUAGUGAGAUUUUAAAAAACGACAUCUCCCUAGGAAAUUACUACCAAUUAUAAGCAUAUAUGUAAAAGUUUAAAAAAAUCUAGAAUUGAUUUUUUUAAAAGUUAUGUAUAAUGGCCUCUUUUUAAUGGAUACAUUUCAACUGGAACAGGCCUUUGCAACGUAUGUUACAGGACAGCCUUUAGAGUUAAAUACAUUUAGAUACUGGUAUUUGACAGUCAUGAAAAUAAGUCUGUUGGCAUAAAAACCGGAAGGUGACAACACCAUAGAAACAAACUGUCCAGUAUUAUAUCAUAGAAUACACAAUGUGGCAAUCUCUUGUCAUUCAGCCUACUAACUACCAGCUUCAGCUGACAGGAAUUUUCAUAGAAUAUUCUACUUUACCUGGAAGUGAUCCUAAGAUAUUUUUGUUCAGUCUGUUUGAAAUAAAGUAUGACUGACUAUAGGGUGCUAACUCAAUUUGGUUGUUGAUACCACCAAAGAGUAUAAAACACCUCCCUUAAAAUGGUGAAACUGUCUGAACCAAGAUGUUGCCGCCAGCAUUUCCCUGCACAAACUGGCUAGCUGGUGCAUUAUGGUACCACCCUAGCAUAAAAACUUAGUCCCAUUAAAUUUAUGGAAAUUGAGUCCACAAAGGAUUGGUAAUAAUAGCUGAAUUUGCCUUGCAAUUGCAAUUAACAAUUCUAAACUAAUCCUAGACCUUAGUGGUUGCAGAUCAAUGGCUAAGCUCAUCAGCAGAUGGAAGGUAUUCAUGUGGCUGUUUCAAAGCAUAAAUGGGAACACCAAGAUGCCAGAGGGAACUUCAGGUAGGAAGUUACUGCUCAUAUAAUACUGGCUUUAAAGAUUUCCCAGAGCUUGCUACUGCUUUGAGUUUAGAACACCCCUCACUGUAAGUUAAUUUAUGGCAUCUGCUUUUAAAACAUGACAGUUGAUAAUUCCCUUUAAGUAAACAUAAAGCCAUUUCUUGAAAUGUUUGUACUUGAAAAUGGAAGUAGAAAUGGGAAUUUUUUUUCAAUACUGCAUUUAUUGGCAUAGACAUAAAAGCAGAUAGUGAAGCAUGCUAAACUGCUUGGUUAAGUCCUAAGCCUGGAUGUCAUAGGGGAAAAAGUACUAGAAUUUCCCAAACUGUAAAUAUGUUCACAUCUUAAAUUCAUGCGUGUGUUCUGCUCACUAACAGGCUGAUGGUUUGAACAACUUUUGCUGUAUAAAGCUGAAGUGCAUGGCAUCACAUGGUUUACCUUUUGUAACAUUUAGCUACUUUUUACAAGUUUCUGAUUCUUCCCCUUUAUAUACUGUACUGGUUAAGGCAUAAAACCAAACCUUUUGAAACGUUAAAAAAAAAUCCUUCACCCAAAUAAUUAUUGGUAACUUCAGGAAUUUGUCAGUUGCCUUAUGUAAUGAUGAAUAGAUCCAAUAAGCACGUCUAUAAUAAUACAAAGUAAACUAUGAUUUUAUUGUGAAAUUCUCAUAGAUGGAAAAUUAAAGUGAAUAUUUAUUCUGUCCAUUUCAUUUUACAAUAAUCUUGCCACUUAUUUUUGUACCAUGUAUUUCAAUUGCCUGUUUAGUGAAAAAUAAAGAAACCUAUAAUUUUU